AUGGCUACUUCAGAGAAACUAUCAGCAUCUCAAUCGAGGUCUUUAAAAAUUACUGGUGAAGAAAUAUGGAAGAAUAAAACUGAGAAGAUAAAUGCUGAAUUAUUCACAAUGACAUAUGGUGCAAUUGUAUCACAAUUAUGUACCGAUUUCCAACGUGAUUAUAAUAAAGUCAAUGAUCAAUUAUUUAGUAUGGGUUAUAAUAUUGGUGUAAGAUUAAUAGAGGAUUUCUUGGCAAGAACAGCUUUACCAAGAUGUGAGGAUAUGAUAAGGACUAGUGAAGUAAUUACAAAAUGUGCAUUUAAGAUAUUUUUAAAUAUAACACCUCAAGUAACCAAUUGGUCACCUAGUAACGAUGCAUUCUCACUUAUUUUAUUAGAAAACCCAUUAAGUGAAUUUGUUGAGCUACCAAUGGAUGCUACAAAACAGUUGUGGUAUUCUAAUAUAUUAUGCGGUGUUCUAAGAGGUGCACUAGAGAUGGUCCAGCUAGACUGUGAUGUGCAUUUUGUAUCAGAUAUUUUAAGAAAUGAACCACAAACUGAAAUUAGAAUCAAACUAAACAAAGUACUAAAAGACGAAAUCCCUAUCGGUGAAGAUUGA